GAAAUAACAGACAAGGAUCCAGCAGAUCCAGAAGUCGAAGGACCCGAAGCACUUAUCCGGACCGCCCUCUUUUCGUCGUAGGUGGUGCCUUGUCUCAAUGGCAGGCCUCGGAUCCUACCCCUAGAGGGAAUAGCUUGCGGGGUGGAUAUGGAAACGGAAGUAGAAAUCCCAGAAGUAGUGACAGGGAUGUAGCCACACCGAAGAAUAAUUCCCGUUCGGAUUCCAAGUCCAGAAGUCAAUCUAUGAAGACUAGAGGAAGUGCGAUUGCUUAUGCAUAUCCCUGUGCUGAUGGUCAGGAAGGUUUUGCUGGUGAGAGCAUUGGAGAAGUUAAGGAUACUAAGUCAGAGCAGAUGCAUCCUAUUGUUUUGGUUGAUUCAAUGGAAUCGAGAAUUUUCGCAUAUCUAGAUGAAGGACCAAAGAAGGAACCUCAAAAUUCAGAGACUCUUUAUGAGUAUAGUACAAAUUUUACACUUGGUGAUGCAUCAGAUGAUGAACAACAACAAAUGGAAUAUGCUUAUGAUUACAGUACCUGUGUCUCAGUGGAUGAAGGCACACACACGGGAUUAGGAUUCCACAAUAAAGCAGAAGCAGUGAAUGGUGUUGUAUCAUCUUCCAAAGCUGAUGAGAAGGAAGAUACUGACUCUGGAUCGUCUUGCUCAGAUGAGGAAAAUGGAGGGUUUUUGUCCAUCGGGGGUCUGAGAUUGUACACACACGAUAUAUCCGAUCAAGAAGAAGAAGAAGAAGAAGAAACAUCUGACGAAGAAAGUUCAGAUUCUUCUGAAAAUUCAUCUGAUGAUUGCAGUGAUGAGUUUGAAAGCGGUUCAGGAAUAGAUGAUGAAAUUGCUGCAGAUUAUCUUGAAAGUACCGGGGGGAUUGAUCAUAUUGUGAAUGUUGAUAAGCUUGUUGAACAAAUUAAGGAUGAGGAUGAUAGACUUAAUGAAGCAUUAGAGAAGCUUGGAGGCAUUGCUCUCCAAGACGCAUCAACAAAGUAUGGCAUGGAGAAGCACCAGACUAGUAGAAAAACCCUUGCAAAAUCCCAAUAUACCCCUCCCAGGCAUGUCCUGUCACCUGUAAUGGAUGACCUUAUGUUUGUAAAAGAUCCAAGAACUAUUUCAGGUAGAAAGAAGCACACUGCCAAAUUUCCUCACUCAUGGCCUUUCGAGUCUCAAAAAAGCAAAAACUUCAGGAGGAUUCCAGGUGAAAAGAAGAAACACCGGAAGGAAGUAAUUGCGAUGAAGCGCCAAGAAAGAAUGAUUAGGCGCGGUGUUGAUCUCCAGAAAAUUAAUGUGAAAUUGCAACAGAUGGUUUUGGAUGGGGCUGAUAUUCUAUCAUUUGAACCUAUGCACACAAAAGAUUGUUCCCAGGUACGUAGACUUGCAUCAAUCUACCGCUUGUGGAGUGGCUCUCAAGGUUCUGGUAAAAAGAGAUUUGUCACUGUAGCAAGAGCACAUAAUACAAGUAUGCCAUCAGCCCAUGAUAGAGUACGCUUAGAAAAGUUGAUAGGAGGUAAUGAAGAGGAUGAUGACUUUGUAGUCAAUGAUGAAAGAUUUGAUAGAAAGGACCACAAACCCUGGAACAAAUCUUCAAGAGGCAAAUGCUCUACAUCAAGAGCACCCAGGGACUCAAACUCUUCUCAGAUAAAACCACUCAAAAGCUUUUUGAAUUCUGGGGGCAAUAAUAAAGAUUCAUCAAGCAGAAAGAAGCGGGAUGGUAAAAUUGGUCCUUCAUACUCUUCUCAACCCGUGUCAUUCAUAUCAAGCGGUAUAAUGGGUUCAGAGAAAGUUGAGGAGAAAGCUAUUGAAGAAUCAAAGGAGUCAAAUAUAUCAACCCCGCUGGAGAACUAUGGUGCAUUUGAGUUGCAUACAACCGGUUUUGGUUCCAAAAUGAUGGUUAAAAUGGGCUUCACAGGUGGAGGUUUAGGAAAGGAUGGGCAGGGUAUUGCAGAGCCCAUCCAAGUUUCUCAACGUCCCAAAGCACUUGGUUUGGGAGCUCCCAUUGCUGAAACGAGCACUGUUAAGCGUGUUCUGGAUUCCAGACGGACCCAUACUGAAUCAGUUGAUUAUGGCAAGGAUAUCCCGGGAAGAAGCAGGAAUUCGGGGAAGAGAGGACCUAAUGGUCGUAAGGCUCAGGACGAAUCUCAAGGGUUUGCAGCGUUUGAGAAUCACACGAAAGGUUUUGGAUCCAAGAUGAUGGCAAAGAUGGGGUUUGUUGAAGGCAUGGGACUUGGAAGGGAUUCCCAAGGUAUCACCACUCCUAUACAUGCUGUGAGGCGUCCUAAAUCACAAGGGUUGGGUGCUAAAAGAUGAUUUAUUUACUAUUUCACUUCUAUGAUGUACGAAGUAUAACUUAGGGAUGUGUUUACUUUAGCUAUCAGUGUUCACUAUUUAUAUUUUAGAACUCACUACAAUAGUAGUAUUUCACUGCGUAGGUUUUAUUUUAUUUAUUAUUUAGAUAUACUCUCGAAAUAUCGUAAUUAACGAGCAUUAUGUUGGGAAAUGUUCAAUGUUUAUUAAAUAAAGGCUUUCCUUUUUUAAUCUUCUUAUUUCUCACUUUAAAAAGGGAUCUUUA